GAUCUAUCCUUACGUAUCUAUCGUUUGUGGUCUAAAUGACAAUGCAACUUCCAUUAGUCACUUGUACGUAAUAUACUUACAACAACGAAUGUAAAAAUUCAGUACAAGUGCUUCCAUGUUUAUCCUUCAGAAUAGUUACAUUACUGGAUACACUUCAGACGCAAUAGAUAGUGUUAAACCUUCUCGUGCGCACUCCCUGCUAUUGAUAUUCGAUAAUUCAACGUUAAGGAUAACACGUUACGUUUCUUUUUAUAAAUAAAAUGCCUGUGAAAGUAUCUUGGCCGCUUGUAGUAGGUAUUAUCCAUCCAAAUAUUGGAGGAUGGGCUGGAUCGUACUUGACUCAAAAAAAUAUUAAACCUUGGUACGAGUCGUUAAAAAAACCUUCAUGGACUCCACCAAAUUGGGUAUUUGGUCCAAUAUGGACAACUGUUUAUUGUACAAUAGGAUAUUCUUCAUAUUUAGUAUGGAAAGAUGGUGGUGGUUUUAGAGAAGCAAUAAUACCACUUUCUAUUUAUGGAACUAAUUUAAUACUAAAUUGGUCAUGGACACCACUGUUCUUUGGAUUACACAACAUAAAAUGGGCUUUAUAUGAAAUCACAUUAUUAUGGGGAAGCACUGUAGCAAUGGGUAUUGCAUUUUACAAUGUAAAUCAAAUUGCUGGCUGUUUAGUCAUUCCAUACUUAAUAUGGAAUUCAUUUGCCACAGCAUUGAACUAUGUCAUUUAUAGGGAUAACGAACGAAACGUAGAAAGUGUUGCAGGUGGAAAAAAGGAAUAACACGUAAUGAUACUUUUGUAGCAAAAAAAUAAAAACAUUGAUAUAUAUAUCAAUCAAUGAAAAUAA